AUGGUCGUAGCUGCAGGAAGUGUCAUUGCUGACGAGUAUAGGUACUCAACAGAUGAGAAUGCAAAGAUGGACCUCCCAGCCGCAGAUCUCCUCUUCAAUGUCAGCCAUUUUGUCGAAAUACAAGUAAGAAUCAAGAGAUCAGAACUUUCUGACCACAAGGAGAUCAUCCAGGCGGCUCAAGUUUGUGAAGCGCAAUUAGAACAAAGGCAGCUACAACUACCAAACACAUGGAAGCCCGAGACCGUCACAGUAACGGGGAAGGAGCCCAUGCUAUUCAAUGGCCGAUAUCCACUAUCCUGGAAUGGCAUCAGACAUGAGACAUCUGCACCAGUGCGGCCAGCCAGCUCCUCGGGCUUAACAUCGAGCAGGCCAAGCAAGGCCCAAUCGGCGCCUCCUAUGGGUGGAAUAUUCCUGCUUCUUUUUCCCCUGGUGGUGGCGGAUGGUGUGAGCGGGGUGCAGGACCGUCAGGACGAUCUGCAUCUCUGA